GUAAGCGCUCCACGAUUAUAUAAUAAGCGCAUUUUUCCCCAUCUUUCUCUUAAGCGUGAAACCAUCCCACCUUCAUAAACCCACCACCACCACCACCGCCACCGUCACCGCUUUCUGAAGUUUCUUGGAUUUGGAUAACUCAUCAACUCCUUGCAGAACUGGGAGAGCUUCAAACGACCAUGAAGAUCAACGUGAAGGACUCGACGUUGGUAAGGCCGGCGGCGGCGACGCCGAUGGUCAGCCUCUGGAACUCCAACAUUGACUUGGUGGUGCCCAACUUCCACACACCCAGCGUCUACUUCUACCGCCCCACAGCCGCGGACAACUUCUUCGAUGCCGGGGUGCUCAAGGCGGCGCUCGGCAGGGCGCUGGUGCCGUUCUACCCCAUGGCGGGGAGGUUGAAGAGGGACGAAGAUGGCCGGGUUGAGAUCGAUUGCAAUGCCGAGGGUGUGCUCUUUGUGGAGGCGGAGUCCGACGGGGUUGUGGAUGAUUUCGGCGACUUUGCUCCGACGUUGGAACUCCGCCGCCUCAUCCCGGCGGUGGAUUACUCUCAGGGAAUUUCGACGUACCCGCUUUUGGUGUUGCAGGUCACACAUUUCAAAUGUGGCGGAGUUUCCUUGGGUGUCGGAAUGCAACACCAUGUAGCAGAUGGGUUUUCUGGCCUCCAUUUCAUCAACACAUGGUCCGACAUGGCUCGUGGGCUAGACCUCACGAUCCCUCCUUUCAUCGAUCGAACCCUCCUCCGAGCCCGUGAUCCGCCCCAACCGCAAUUCAAGCACAUUGAAUACCAGCCCGCUCCAGCCAUGAAAACCCUUGCAUCCAAGGACGCUGAGGCCCCCGAAACAGCUGUUUCCAUAUUCAAGCUAACUCGUGAUCAGCUCAAUGCCCUAAAGGCCAAGUCCAAGGAGGGCGGCAACACGGUAACCUACAGCUCGUAUGAGAUGCUAGCCGGCCAUGUCUGGCGCUCUGUCUGUAUGGCACGUGGAUUACCAGAAGAUCAAGACACGAAACUGUACAUUGCUACUGACGGCCGGUCCAGGCUUCAGCCUCCACUCCCACCUGGCUACUUUGGCAAUGUGAUCUUCACAGCCACGCCUAUAGCCGUGUCAGGUGACCUAACGUCCAAGCCUGUAUGGUAUGCUGCUAGUAAAAUCCACGAUGCGCUAGCCCGAAUGGACAACGACUACUUGAGAUCGGCUCUUGAUUACUUGGAGUUGCAGCCGGAUCUUAAGGCCCUCGUUCGUGGGGCACACACAUUUAGGUGCCCGAAUCUUGGAAUCACCAGUUGGGUUAGGCUGCCUAUCCACGAUGCCGAUUUUGGGUGGGGUAGGCCAAUCUUCAUGGGGCCAGGCGGGAUUGCCUACGAAGGUCUGAGUUUCGUGUUGCCAAGUCCAACAAACGAUGGGAGCUUAUCAGUCGCAAUUUCCCUUCAGGCAGAGCAUAUGAAGCUUUUUGAGAAGCUGCUCUAUGACAUUUGAAACAUAUGAUACAUAUGUUUGACAACCUUCAGAUCUACCUAAAAACCUCCUCGCAUCUCCUAGUUUCUUGUGCGUUUUUAUGCUCAAACGAUUACCGUUCUUCUGUCAGUAUGUGGCUGUCUACCUCGGCAACAUUCCUAGAUAUGCCAAACCUUUUCUGUAAGGAUAAUGAUGCAAUUCUUGGACCAGCCUAUGCCUAUGAAGUACUAAUUGAUAGUG